AAGUGGCUAACAUGUAUAAAAUGUGGCAGAAUUUAUCAAGCUAUGAAUAUUCUUACCUUUAGGCGGGUUGAAUCAUGCCCAAGCAUGUUUUAAAGUUUAAUAUAAAGCCAUCAGAAGUCUAGAACAGAGCUAAAAGAAAGCUGCAUACACGAAGUAUAUUAUUGCCUCAAGGAAUCGUAGCACUAUCUGACUGCAUUAUAUAUCUCCACGGAAACAACCAGGAACUUCAAAAACUAGCUCUAUCUUUAUAAUGUCUGUUCAAGAUACAUCCAGAGGUAUCACGAUCAGCGUUACAGCUGAAACGAACGCUGGUGGUCGCAGGCACAUGGAAGACUACAUUGCAGUUAAUCUUGCUCCAAGCGAAGCGAGCUUCAAUGAUAUAGGCUACCUUCGGGAGCAAGCUUAUAUUGGAGUAUUUGAUGGCCAUGGAGGCAAGGAAGCAGCCAAAUGGGCCAGAGAGAGGCUGUGGGAAGUUAUCCAGAAACAACCCAAGUUCAAAUCAUCGGAUUUAAAGUGCGUGCAAGAGUCCGUUAGUGAAGGAUUUAUGGCCUUACACAAAGAGAUGGAACCUCUAAGAGCUAACUGGAAAAAGAACAAGAUGGGUGAUCUGAGUACUGCAGGUACAACAGCCUCUACAGUCAUCUUCCGACAAGACCACAUCAUAGUGGCCAACGUUGGUGACUCCACUGCUGUACUGGCUGAGGUGAACCCACUGGCAGGACAGGAGGGUCAACACGCUGUCAGGGCCAACACCCUCACCAUUGACCACAAACCAGAAGACCCAAAUGAGAUUGCACGAAUAGAGACACAAGGUGGGAAGGUCAUGCGCAGCAGGAAGGGAGUACCUCGCGUUGUGUGGCAGAGGGAGAGAAAGACACCUAAGGCUACUACCACAGACUCAACUGACGGCCCUGCCCCCCCGACUGCUUACGACAUAAUUCCUUUCCUAAGUGUAGCUCGAUCACUCGGGGAUUUUUGGUCCUUAAGUCCGACCACACAGGAAUUUGUCGUCUCUCCAUGCCCUGAUGUUCACAUACUCCCUCUAGUUCCAAAAGAACAGAAAUUUGUGGUGAUAGCUUCGGACGGCCUCUGGAACGUGAUGACUCCGACUGAAGUGGUCCAGUUUAUCUGGGAUUACGAACACGAUGAGCAGACCUGUCACCAGCCUAGAGACGUGGUUAAGGCUAUCAUAAACGAAGCUCUAAAACGCUGGAAACAAAAGAACUUACUCGCUGACAACAUCUCCGUCCUUAUCGCUUUCCUAUUGGAGGAAGACGUUGCUAAUACCACUGACCCUGCAUCCCUCAAGUCAACUACCGAAGCAUCUCCAAGCUCAAACACUGUCCUACCAAGAGAAGGUUUACUGGCAGCUACGAGUGAGGCCUCCACAAGCUCUCCUGUGAUUGUAGAACUACACACACGGACCAAACUAAGGCAUCGCAGAAGAGAGGGUUCAUCGAAGCAUUACAUCACGACAUUGAGCCCUUACAGUGAAGAGGAAGCGAAUCGACGGAAACGAAAACGGGUCAGAUGCGAAGAAGCUGAAGUGUUGUCACCAACCAAAAAGAAUAAGUUUGAGACUGAUUCUGGUUUUGAGGCGGACAAUCCACUCAUGGAGACUACUCUGGAAAGCCCUAUAGCCGUAGACAGCACCAAGAGCUUAUCUACUCUUGACAGCAAGAGUGAGGGUGUGGGAGAUGAGGAAGAUAGCAGCAGUGGUGUCAGCUCUGAUAACAGCGAACCUGAUGGCAUGCCCCAACAUGAUACACUGCUCUCACCAGCUACUGUUUUGGAAUGCCCCACUUGAACUCUGUUUACCAAGUGACCACCACAAGAGAAUAAUAUAUACCACAAA